AUGGAGGAAUCCACCAAUGCCCCCCACGAGCUCCCCCAGUUCAGCACAGGACUGGAUUUCAUGCAGCUUGACGCCGACAACUUCUGGCCCGUGGCGGCCUCGGGGGCACUGACGGGGUCCACGGACCACAGCUUCUCGCCGUUCCUUGCCGCCGCAGGGCUCCCGGCCGGGACGGCGUCGGGGGUGUCCCCGGAUGCGUCGUCGCCCUCGAUGACCUGGCGGCCGGACGAGUUUAUGCUCAGCCAGGACUACCAGGCGUAUCGCGAGGAGCUCAGGUCCCUGAUCUUCAACACGGCCCAGUCUGCCGCUCCCACCCGCGAGGGCAGCCCGGCCGCUGAUGAAGUUAACCUCACCGAUGAGCUUCAUCUGGGCGAUCUGCAGAGUCGUCGGGAGUCGGCGAAAAUCUUGUCGGUCGGAAAGAGAGUCCUCUACCUCCGGAACUACGUUGAUCAAGUCGCACCUUGGCUGGAUAUGUUUGACGGGGAUCGCGUCUUUGGGAUGCAGAUCUCAUCUCUUGCCCAAACUUCGCCUCCAUUGCUGUAUGCGAUUUUAGCUCUUUCUGCGCGGCAAAUGGAGUGCAAGGAGAAACGCAGGAACUCCUUCGAUAGCCUAGAGCUAUAUCAGGAAGCGAUCAAGUUACUCGCACCUCUCCUCACGGAUCGCGACGUUAAGCUCAUCCCCAUAUGCGUUAUCCUGUGUUGUUUGGAGAUGAUGUCGGCCAGUGCCCAAGAUUGGCGCCGUCAUCUAGAAGGGUGUGCAGCUCUCUUCAGCACGUUUGGAGUCCAUGGUUUCAGCGGCGGAAUGCUGCAAGCUGUUUUCUGGUGUUAUACGAGAAUGGAUGUCUGUGGAGCUCUCAUCUCGGAUGGAACUCAAAGCACGUUACUUCAUCCGUCCAAGUGGCUUCCUGCGGGCACAGAAACUCACGAAGCCCGCGCAAUCUUCAGGGCUUCCCAGAACCCAGAUAUGCACGCGAACUAUGCCGUGUGGCUGUGUGCGAAAGCGUGCGAGCUCAUCGCGGAUCGAACUCGCUAUGUGGAGCUCGGUGAGCAGAAUGGGUGCACAGGAGAAGCUUUCAGCAACCGAUGGGUUGUCCUAUGGGAUGAGCUCCAGAGCUGGCUUAGCAGCCGACCGAAGGAGUUUCACCCGGUCAAGACGGUGGACACGAAACCCUUCCCGCACAUCCUUUACGUCCACUGGGCGGCGAUUUCAUCGAAUCAGUUGCACCAUACGGCUUGCAUUUUGAUGCUGAGCUCUAUGCCCAAGCCCCUGAAGCUCACGAUGAAUUUGGGCACCACGGGCUCGACACUGUGGCAUGCCAAGCGGAUAUGCGGGAUCACGCUUGCUAAUCCACACCAAGGUUGCAUCAACAACGCCAUCCAGCCUCUUUGGCUUGCUGGUAGACUGCUGAGCCACCGCUCAGAGCACGAUAUUGUUGUCAAACUAAUCUGGAACAUCGAGGCAACGACUGGUUGGGGCUCGUGUUGGAGAAUACCGGAUCUGGAGUCUGCUUGGGGUUACAAAGUAAAAAAAUACGGUAUGCUAAGACAAUAA